AGUGUGCGUUUUAAGGAGACACUGCAAAAAUGAUAGUCAAAGAUCCUGUAUACAACAGGACACUAUAGUGUUUUGAAGGAGAUACAGCAAAAAUGCAAGUCAAAGAUCCUGCAUCUGACAAAAGUUUUGCUGCUAUUUUUGAGGACCAAUUACAAAAAAAUGAAGGCUCGCCAAAGACCCUCCGUAUGAAAGUGUUGGAUUAGGUCCGCAGUGACGUCAUGGAAGAACCCUGAGAGGUCCGCAGGUGUGUGUGAGUGUGCUCUAAGGAUAUUCUACCUGUUGAGGUGCUACCUUUUUCUAAUAUUACUCAGUUUAUCAUUGUGAGACAAACUUUGUGCGUGCGCGCGCAUGUGUGUGUGUGUGUUCGUGGGUGUAGCCUGGCCACGCCCAGCGAGCGCGUGACGCUGGCUGCGAGCACGAGCUUCCAGACGAGAGCGCGUUCAAGUCAGCAACACUUCCGUCCUCCUCGUCCCCAAUGGCGGUGCUGUUGGUAGUCCACUAUCCGGGCUAAAUAUCUGUCUCUUUCCUUCAAAAAAGACCGCCAAGGAACAAACACAGGACUCCUUUUUUUUUCCCCCCUGACGGAGACUCCAGGCUCUUCGGCGAGUGAGGAAAACCGAAGGAGUUUGUGUUCCAAAGUAAGCGUAGGUUGGAGCUCCCCCAGCCUUCCCCCGCCUCGAGCCCGUUCGACUGCUCUGCUGCACAGGGCACGGCCAAGUAUGGGGUAAGAAGGCAGAGAGGCAACAUUACAGCACAGGUCAUGGCGGUGCUGCGGGUGAGGCUGAAGGUGGUGGUGAUGGUGAUGAUGGUGAACCUCUUCAUCUUCCUCCUGGUGUUCUGUCACGGCAGCCGGGACAAGAGUAGCCUCUUCAAAAUCAUAUUCACCUUGAAGCCCUUCUGGAGAAGAAUGGCGCCCAGUCCGGCUUACUGGAACCGUCAGCAGCAGAUCUUGGACUUUUGGAACAACCCGAUCCUGUCCAACCGCAGCCAGGGGGAACUGCCCGACUGGCUGAACGGCACCCAGGUGCACUACGACGCCUGCCGGCCAGACGUCUCUGUCAGCACUCAGGUGAAGGACUACAACACCCUGCCCGAGCGCUUCAAGGACUUCCUGCUUCACAUGCACUGCCGCUCCUACCCCAUUCUGGUGGACCAGCCCGACAUCUGCAACAAGCCCCCCUUCCUGCUCCUGGCCGUCAAAUCACUGGCGCUGAAUUUCGCCCGCCGCCAGGCCAUCCGCCAGUCGUGGGGGCGGGCGGGCGUGGUGGCCAAUCGGACCGUGGUCACCGUCUUCCUCCUGGGCCGAGCCUUGACGGGAGACGACCACCCGGACGUGUCUGACAUGCUGGCCUACGAGAGCACCCUCUACCGAGACAUCCUCCAGUGGGACUACAGGGACUCCUUCUUCAACCUAACCCUCAAGGAGGUCCUGUUCCUGGACUGGGUUCAGGCGCGCUGUCCCAACGCCAGCUUCGUCUUCAAAGGGGACGACGACGUCUUCGUCAACACGUACGGCAUCUUGAGCUUCCUGCACAGCCUUUCGGAGGCCAAAGCGGCCGACCUUUUCGUGGGCGACGUCAUCACCAACGCGGGGCCGCACCGGGACAAGAAGGGCAAGUACUUCAUCCCGGACAGCAUGUUCGUGGGGUCCUACCCUCCGUACGCCGGGGGCGGCGGAUACCUCUACUCCAGGAGCGUGGCCGCUCGCCUGCACGAGGCGUCGGCCCGCGUGGCGCUGUACCCGAUAGACGACGUGUACACGGGCAUGUGCCUGCUGAAGGUGGCGCUGGCCCCCGAGAAGCACAAAGGCUUCCGGACCUUCAACAUCGAGGAGAAGUACAGGAACAACCCCUGCGCCUACAAGAGCCUCAUGCUCGUCCACCCGAGGACGCCGCAGGAGAUGAUCCGGAUCUGGUCCUGGCUCAGCCAACCAGACCUCAGCUGCCAGUGAGCAUCGGCGGGCUGAGCGCUUUCCAAAAGGUCAAACGUCUCACUCGAGCCGGGGUCACGACUUUUCACGAUAGCAGUUUGAAGCCCGGAAUGAAAGUGUUAGUAUUAAAAACGUCUGCUUUGCUGUACAGAGAGCUGCCACCAAAUCGUCGGCGUCUUCAUCCGCGUGCGCGCACAUAUUUAUUUAUGAAAUAUUUAAAUGUCACGCUUUAACACUGGCUGUUCCACAAGGGGGCGCCCAAACGCUGUAUUGUAUACUCUGUGAGGAAACAAGUCCAGGUUGUGUUCAUGGGGUUAUUGCUGCCGGGACGCUAGCUUACCCAGGAACAUUACAUGAAUAAAGUUAUUUUUAAACGGAAAGGUCUGUAAUGUUGGAAGUAGUCCUGAGUUCUACUCCCGGGUUACCUGAGGGUUUUCAGCUCGGUCGCAGAUGUCAAAUGUUAAGAGGCCUGUCUUUUUUCAAAGUUAACACUCAACAAAGGUAAUGCUGUAUUUUCCAGACUAUAGAACUAUAUAAGCCGCCUCCACAAAAUAAAUAAAAAAAUAAAUUCUUCCAUUAAUUAGCCGCAGAUAUAUAUACAUUGUGAAAUUAGUUAUUUACAUUGUAAAUGUUCAUACCUUAAUUGUUUCCAAACUGUCUGUAACACGGCAGUAAAACGGCUGAUCAAACAAAACACAAGUCAUCGUCAUGGACCCACUUGCUGCGUAAGCGAGCUCCAAUCAGCUAAACAGACUCAAUAACCCCACGGUGACGUGUUGGUAAAUUUACGAAACUGAAACUAAACAAAAAGAAGGCCACUUUAAGUUAAUAAUACCAACAUAGACACUCGUAAAUGUGUUAGCAUAUUAGCUAGCUUCAUUACAUCACGAUGGCACGUACAAAUAUGCGUGAAAACAUUCCUACCGACAUCGCACAUGGGACGGUCUAGUGAGUAAGAAUUGUUUUAGUUAUAUUGUAAAACUUACAAUUGCUUGGAGUGAUGAAUGACGAAUCCCUACGAGUUGAAACGCUUUGAGACGUUAUACUUCCGGUUUAAGGCAUUAAAACAGGACAUAGCGUUUUCAGCACGUGCAGUGGGCACACCUUUUCAGUGCUUGGGUUUGAUUAAAAGUAAAACACAACCUUUUGGCCAUUAGGCAAAAGUAAAUCCACAAAUUUGCCGCACCGUUUUGUAAGUCGCAGGGUUCAAAGUGUAGAAAAAGAGUAGCGGCUUAUAGUCCGAAAUUUACGGUACUUCCUUGUGGCUGCAGGCUAACAGUCUGCUGCUGGUCCCUCAGGGCCCCCCAGUAUUUACGUUGGACUUCUCUGGUCCUCAUCGUUCCAUGGCGGAAUAAAAGGACAAAACUGAAAAUUAGCUUAUAGAGCUUUUAGUAAAAUGCGUGUUGACACAUUUGACAGCGUCUAUGCACUCUUAGCGUCCUCGCUAGUGAGCUGGCAGCUAACGUCCCUCCGCAAUGCGAGUCACUAAUUCUGACGGAAAAAUUAACUACUUUUACAACUAUCACUGGAGGACUAGCGGAAGGGCAAAACAUGCUAGACUACUCACCACAGGAGGAUAGAGGACGCUGUGAUAGAGCUUUUGAAUGUAAACGGGGUGGACGGAUCGAUACAAAUAUCCACAGUACUAAUACCAAGUUUAGCGUCAGUGAAUGGUCAAUACCACAAAAUAGUUUUUGUUAUUGUUAACAAACUCUGGAAGUUAUUAGUUUUAGUGCAAUGACUAAAGGAUUUAAAUCCGCCAAUAGUGGUUUAGUUAUUUUGCACUUUUGAAUUUAUUUUGCUCCAAAUAUUGUACAUAAUUAAAGGGAAUAAGGAAAUAAUUAACAUGUUUAAUUUAUAUUUUUACUGAUUAUGAUUGUGAUAUAGCAUUAAUAUGACCGACACUGCCUCUAAAUAUACAGUAUUGAUUCGAUAUCAAAUUCGUACUAUCACCCAAAAACGGAUGUAAAGUGUCCAAACAACCCUAGAAUUAGGGUUUAUUAUUUUAACAAAAGUGUUUAUAGAACAUGUUACAACAGAAAGUAACCAGAUAUAAACAGUAAAUUAAUACUAGGUUUUCAGACAAUACUACAAGCGGAAAUUAUGUAAUAUUUUACUGCACACAUCAGCAGCCACAUUAGGACCCUUUGUGACCCGUUUUGAAAUGCGUCUAUAAUCAUUUUUAUUCCAAAUAAUAUACCGUCAAUGGCAGGAGGCUGAAAUAUGUAUGGCGAUAUCGAUUUUAAGGCCGUAUCGCCCACCCCCUGUUUCAAGUGCCUCCAUGCCGACAGGAGAGAUUUUUAUUCCAAAUAAUACACCGUUAAUGGCAGGAGGCUGGAAUAUAGAAGUAAGGCCGUAUCGCCCAUCCCCUGCUUCAAGUGCAUCCAUGAUGACAGGAAAUAUUUUUAAUUCCAAAUAAUACACCGUUAAUGGCAGGAGGCUGGAAUAUGUAUGGCGAUGACAGCAAAGUUUCUUAUUCCAAAUAAUACACCGUCAAUGGCAGGAGGGUGGAAUAUGUAUGGCGAUAUCAAUGUAAGGCCGUAUCGCCCACCCCCGCCUUAAGUGCAUCCAUGAUGACAUGAAAUAUUUUUAAUUCCAAAUAUUAUACCGUUAAUGGCAAGAGGCUGGAAUUUGUAUGGCGAUAUCGAUGUAAGGCCGUAUCGCCCACCCCCUGCUUUAAGUGCAUCCAUGAUGACAGGAAAGAUUUUUAAUUCCAAAUAAUACACCGUUAAUGGCAGGAGGCUGGAAUAUGUAUGGCGAUGACAGCAAAGUUUCUUAUUCCAAAUAAUACACCAUCAAUGGCAGGAGGGUGGAAUAUGUAUGGCGAUAUCAAUGUAAGGCCGUAUCGCCCACCCCCGCCUUAAGUGCAUCCAUGAUGACAUGAAAUAUUUUUAUUUCCAAAUAUUAUACCGUUAAUGGCAAGAGGCUGGAAUUUGUAUGGCGAUAUCGAUGUAAGGCCGUAUCGCCCACCCCCUGCUUUAAGUGCAUCCAUGAUGACAGGAAAGAUUUUUAAUUCCAAAUAAUACACCGUUAAUGGCAGGAGGCUGGAAUUGUAAGGCGAUAUCGAUGUAAGGCUGUAUCGCCCACCCCCUGUUUCAAGUGCGUCCAUGAUGACAGAAAAUAUAUUUAUUCAAAAUAAUAUACCGUUAAUGGCAGGAGGCUGGAAUAUAGAUGUAAGGCCGUAUCGCACAUCCCCUGCUUCAAGUGCAUCCAUGAUGACAGGAAAUGUUUUUAAUUCCAAAUAAUACACCGUUAAUGGCAGGAGGCUGGAAUAUGUAUGGCGAUGACAGCAAAGUUUCUUAUUCCAAAUAAUACACCAUCAAUGGCAGGAGGGUGGAAUAUGUAUGGCGAUAUCAAUGUAAGGCCGUAUCGCCCACCCCCGCCUUAAGUGCAUCCAUGAUGACAUGAAGUAUUUUUAAUUCCAAAUAUUAUACCGUUAAUGGCAAGAGGCUGGAAUUUGUAUGGCGAUAUCGAUGUAAGGCCGUAUCGCCCACCCCCUGCUUUAAGUGCAUCCAUGAUGACAGGAAAGAUUUUUAAUUCCAAAUAAUACACCGUUAAUGGCAGGAGGCUGGAAUUGUAAGGCGAUAUCGAUGUAAGGCUGUAUCGCCCACCCCCUGUUUCAAGUGCGUCCAAGAUGACAGAAAAUAUAUUUAUUCCAAAUAAUAUACCGUUAAUGGCAGGAGGCUGGAAUAUAGAUGUAAGGCCGUAUCGCACAUCCCCUGCUUCAAGUGCAUCCAUGAUGACAGGAAAUAUUUUUAAUUCCAAAUAAUACACCGUUAAUGGCAGGAGGAUGGAAUAUGUAUGGCGAUGACAGCAAAGUUUCUUAUUCCAAAUAAUACACCUUCAAUGGCAGGAGGGUGGAAUAUGUAUGGCGAUAUCAAUGUAAGGCCGUAUCGCCCACCCCCGCCUUAAGUGCAUCCAUGAUGACAGGAAAUAUUUUUAAUUCCAAAUAUUAUACCGUUAAUGGCAAGAGGCUGGAAUUUGUAUGGCGAUAUCGAUGUAAGGCUGUAUCGCCCACCCCAUGCUUCAAGUGCGUCCAUGAUGACAGGAAAGAUAUUUAUUACAAAUAAUAUACCGUUAAGGGCAGGAGGCUGGAAUAUAGAUGUAAGGCCGUAUCGCCCACCCCCUGCUUCAAGUGCAUCCAUGAUGACAGGAAAGAUUUUUAAUUCCAAAUAAUACACCGUUAAUUGCAGGAGGCUGGAAUUUGUAUGGCGAUAUCGAUGUAAGGCCGUAUCGCACAUCCCCUGCUUCAGGUGCAUCCAUGAUGACAGCAAAGAUUUUUAUUCCCAAUAAUACACCGUUAAUGGUAGGAGGCUGGAAUAUAGAUGUAAAGCCGUAUCGCCCAUCACCUGCUUCAGGUGCAUCCAUGAUGACAGAAAAGUUUUUUAAUUCCAAAUAAUACCCCGUUAAUGGCAGGAGGCUGGAAUAUGUAUGGCGAUGACAGCAAAGAUAUAUAUGGCGAUAUCGAUGUAAGGCCGUAUCGCCCACCCCCUGCUUUAAGUGCAUCCAUGAUGACAGGAAAGAUUUUUAUUACAAAUAAUACACCGUUAAUGGCAGGAGGCUGGAAUAUGUAUGCUGGAAUAUGUAUGGCAAUAUCAAUGUAAGGCCGUAUCGCCCACCCCCUGUUUUAAGUGCGUCCAUGAUGACAGGAAAGAUAUUUAUUCCAAAUAAUAUACCGUUAAUGGCAGGAGGCUGGAAUAUGUAUAGCGAUAUCGAUGUAAUGCCGUAUCACCACCCCCUGCUUUAAGAGCAUCCAUGAUGACAGGAAAUAUUUUUAAUUCCAAAUAAUAUACCGUUUAUGGCAGGAGGCUGGAAUAUGUAUGGCGAUAUCGAUGUAAGGCCGUAUCGCCCACCCUCUGCUUUAAGUGCGUCCAUAAUGACAGCAAAGAUUUUUAUUCCCAAUAAUACACCGUUAAUGGUAGGAGGCUGGAAUAUAGAUGUAAAGCCGUAUCGCCCAUCACCUGCUUCAGGUGCAUCCAUGAUGACAGAAAAGUUUUUUAAUUCCAAAUAAUACCCCGUUAAUGGCAGGAGGCUGGAAUAUGUAUGGCGAUGACAGCAAAGUUUCUUAUUCCAAAUAAUAUGCCGUUAAUGGCAGGAGGGUGGAAUAUAUAUGGCGAUAUCGAUGUAAGGCCGUAUCGCCCACCCCCGCCUUAAGUGCAUCCAUGAUGACAGGAAAUAUUUUUAAUUCCAAAUAUUAUACCGUUAAUGGCAGGAAGCUGGAAUUUGUAUGGCGAUAUCGAUGUAAGGCCGUAUCGCCCACCCCCUGCUUCAAGUGCGUCCAUGAUGACAGGAAAGAUAUUUAUUCCAAAUAAUAUCCCGUUAAUGGCAGGAGGCUGGAAUUUGUAUGGCGAUAUCGAUGUAAGGCCGUAUCGCCCACCCCCUGCUUCAAGUGCAUCCAUGAUGAUGGGAAAGAUUUUUUUCAAUUCCAAAUAAUACAGCGUUAAUGGCAGGAGGCUGGAAUAUAGAUGUAAGGCCGUAUCGCACAUCCCCUGCUUCAAGUGCAUCCAUAAUGACAGGAAAGUAUUUUAGUUCCAAAUAAUACCCCGUUAAUGGCAGGAGGCUGGAAUAUGUAUGGCGAUAUCAAUGUAAGGCCGUGAUGACAGCAAAGAUUCUUAUUCCAAAUAAUAUACCGUCAAUGGCAGGAGGCUGGAAUAUGUAUGACGAUAUCGAUGUAAGGCCGUAUCGCACACCCUUUGCUUCAAGUGCGUCCAUGAUGACAGCAAAGCUUCUUAUUCCAAAUAAUACACCGUCAAUGGCAGGACGCUGGAAUAUGUAUGGCGAUAUCGAUAUAAGGCCGUAUCGCCCACCCCCUGCUUUAAGUGCAUCCAUGAUGACAGGAAAGAUUUUUAUUACAAAUAAUACACCGUUAAUGGCAGGAGGCUGGAAUAUGUAUGCUGGAAUAUGUAUGGCAAUAUCAAUGUAAGGCCGUAUCGCCCACCCCCUGUUUUAAGUGCGUCCAUGAUGACAGGAAAGAUAUUUAUUCCAAAUAAUAUACCGUUAAUGGCAGGAGGCUGGAAUUUGUAUAGCGAUAUCGAUGUAAGGCCAUAUCGCACAUCCCCUGCUUCAAGUGCAUCCAUGAUGACAGGAAAUAUUUUCAAUUCCAAAUAAUACACCGUCAAUGGCAGGAGGCUAGAAUUUGUAUAGCGAUAUCGAUGUAAGGCCGUAUCGCCCACCCCUUGCUUCAAGUGCAUCCAUGAUGACAGGAAAGCUUUUUAAUUCCAAAUAAUACACCGUCAAUGGCAGGAGGCUAGAAUUUGUAUAGCGAUAUCGGUGUAAGGCCGUAUCGCCCACUCCCUUCCUUAAGUGCAUCCAUGGUGACAGGAAAACAUUCUUAUUCCAAAUAAUACACCGUUACUGGCAGGAGGCUGGAAUAUGUAUGGCGAUAUCAAUGUAAUGCCGUAUCGCCAACCCCUGCUUCAAAUGCAUCCAUGAUGACAGGGAAAUUUUUUUAUUCCAAAUAAUACACCAUUAAUGGCAGGAGGCUGGAAUUUGUAUGGCGAUAUCGAUGUAAGGCCGUAUCGCCCGCCCCCUGCUUCAAUUGCGUCCAUGAUGAUGGGAAAGAUUUUUUUUCAAUUCCAAAUAAUACAGCGUUAAUGGCAGGAGGCUGGAAUAUGUAUAGCGAUAUCGAUGUAAUGCCGUAUCACCGCCCCCUGCUUUAAGAGCAUCCAUGAUGACAGGAAAUAUUUUUAAUUCCAAAUAUUUUACCGUUUAAGGCAGGAGGCUGGAAUAUGUAUGGUGAUAUCGAUGUAAGGCUGUAUCGCCCACCCCCUGCUGCAAGUGCGUCCAUGACGGAUCCAUGUUGCUGCACAGGAAAGAUUUUUAUUCCGAAAGGUCACAAUAGGAAAGAAACAUGAAAGCUAAAACUCUAUAAACUCAAGAUGAUGCUCAAAAAUUGCUCAUAUGUCUAUCUAUAUAUAUAUGUAUAUAUAUAUAUAUAUUUUGUUUUGUAUUGAAGAUCACCUCAGCCGAGACUUAAAUAUUAUUUUACAAAAAAAAUCUUAAUAUUUUCAUUGUUUGUUUUUUUUUUUGUCAAAAGAAGAGAAAGUAUACGCGGCGUUGUAAAUGUUUAUGGUCUGAUUGGAACUUUCCAGAAGUAUUUUCCUACUUAUUAGUGCCUUAGCGUUUUAUUUCAUUCAGCCAUGAUUGUCUAUUGCUACAAUAAUUUCAUAUGCGUGUCUCUAAUAUUCUAAUUUUUUUUUCGCUUUUCACUAUUUUUGAUCACUUUCAUGCAAUUGUGUGCAGCUAUGGAAUCAUUUUGGCCUCACAUUUAACUGGAAAAUUAUAUUUUCUUUUUCAAUCCCCCCCACUGCAUUACUACCAUUAGUACCAUUAGUACUAUUAGUACCAUUAGUACUAUCAGUACUAUUAGUACUAUUAGGUUUCAGCUUUAUGUGACAAUGAAUGUUAAGACUCCCCCUGCUGGUCAGGGUGCUCACCUACAUGCAACAGUACCAUGGUGUUUUUGGAGAAGUGUUCUCCAGACUUUCUUGAUCUUCUUGGGUUUGUUCCGUUUGCGUUAAGCCAGUCUCGGUGAUCACGUGAUGCAACCUUUGACCCUGUCGAACUAGUCCGGUCGACUCCCUGGUGGACAAUCGGCUCCCUCGGUGUCACUUGAUCAGAUACUUGAAGACUUCAAAGGUCGUCCAUGAUUGACAGACUUGGACUUCAACUCAUUUUUUUAAUUUUCUUUAAACGCUGGCUUGUUUUUUGCUGAUGCAAACACUGGUAAUGUUGUUAACUUGUUGUACUGGUAAAGGUGUUGUACUGGGAAAGCUUUUGCAACUUUGACUGGUAGAGGUAUUACAACUUGUUUUACUGAUAAAAAUCUUUAACAAUU